CUGACACUUUAAAAAAAUUCCGUCUGUGCUGGGAUAUUUUUAGUGACUGGGACAAAUCCGACACUAACAGAGGCAGCUGAGAGGGGAGGUGGGUCUAAACAGCAGGGGCUAUUGGAGAGAGCAGGCAGCUGAAAUAUUCUCCUCAACUUGAUUUCACUUUCAUUUUCCCCGGCUGGAGACGCAGUUCAGAAAGGGAGGACUCGCUCACCAAUUCAGGGAGACUUCAGCAUGAAACGACGUCAAGUGAAGCCCAUUGCCCCGGAGAGGCUCGGGAACCCAGAAACAAUGCCGCAACACCCAAAGAAAAUUCAAGUCCUGAAUGUUCCUGAAAAUGUUUCUGUGCAACGUCUGCUGGAUAAACUGACCAUCUAUUUCCAGAAGUCGAGCAAUGGAGGGGGUGAAGUAUUGGACGUGGAAUAUCAAACUGGUGUUAAAGGCUGUGCUUAUGUCAUUUUUGAGAAGGAGGAAGAUGCAAACAACGUCCUUAAAAGAGAACACGUAUUUACAUUUGACAAUAAGAAAUACAAACUGGAAGUACGGGAAGUUGAAAAAGAACCGUGCGAUGCUGAUGAUGAACAGGUAAUGCUGUUUGUGACAACAAAACUGGACACAAGCUGCUUUUCAGAAAGGAAGGCUCGUCAAUUAAUCUUUAGGCAUGAUUUUCAAGUUAUACGUUCCCAAGGCUGCAUUGUGGAGAUCAAAGGUUCUUUCCCUUCUUUAGUAAAACUUCGGACAGAUCUUAGGGACUUGAUUUUGCCUCAGCCAGCACAUGUAGUCUCCAGCCAAAGUCACUCAGCCAACAAAAAGAGGUGUGAAAGAAAUGAGGAAUUUUUACAAUCUGGAGCUUUCAGAAAAUACAGGCAACCAAGUUCCCCUGAUAGUGGCUCUGAUUCAUCAGCAUCCAGUGAAGAAGAUUAUAGUACCAGCCAGUAUGCCUCAAAUGUCCACUCAAGAUCCUCUGAGCCAGAAUUUUCUUUGAAUAAAAGCAAUAAUUCCCCAAUGCCUUUGGUUGCUUCUCCAUCUUCUCUGUCAGUUGCCAGUUCCAAUAACAAAGAAGGCACUGCUUCAUAUAUCAAGAGGAGCACUCAUGACCCUCAAGAAGCAACGAAGUAUAUGAGUACUUCUGCUGUGGAAAACGAUUCCAUUUCUAAAAUGGAUGCUAGUAGCCUGAAUUCAUUUUCAUCUCAGUCUUCAAACAGUUCUUUUGCCCCUCAUAUAAGCUUUAUGGUUGAUAAAUGGACCUUCAAAUACCUGCAGGCUUUUAACAGCAAUUGCCUUCAACAGUUUCUUACAAAAUAUUCCGCAGACAUUAAAGCAUCUUGUUUUGAUGAGCUGUGUGAAAUAUCCUUAUACCCAAAAAGGCCAGCACACAAUUCCCAAAGAAAUCUAUCUGAAGCCAAGUCAGUAAUUUGUACACAAAUUCAGGAAAUACAACAGCAGCUAAGGAUCUAUCAUAUAGAUUUAACUUCAAGGAAUUCCGACAAGGAGGCGAUCCUGCAAAGGUGCAAGAGACUUCGUUCCAUUUCAGUGAAUGUCCUGGUGAAAAUAAGUGAUCACAAUGUAACUGUGGUGGGACCAUCAGCUGAGAGUCAUGACAUGAAGCAAUAUAUUUUGGGGAAUGGUUCUUUGGUCUAAACUGGGCCAUGACACUGAGGUAAUUGAACAGGUCUGAAGGACACAUUAAUAGCAAAUCUUUAUGUUCUCUAACUUGCAAGGAAAUACAUUGGAUGACUCAAAUGCCAAUCUCUCAUCAAUCAAAACUACCAAUCCAAACUCAGGCCACAAACCAGUGAUCAAACUAAGAUCCUUUCAAGAAAAGCCAGUCCAGGUUAUACCUGUCAAAAGCAAUGUUCUUCACCAGAGAGCAGAAAGACAAAGUCUCCAAGUGACAUUGAUGCACAAGAUUCAUUAAAACAAUUGGAUAUCUCAAGGCUCAAAGACCAAAGAAUUCAGAAUCCCCAGCAGCCUGUCAAAAGCUGACUUCAAAUUGUGGAUCUCAUUUUUAUAGAGGUAACAACAGAGGAAAAACAGGAUUAAAUAUCUACCAUCCCACAAGAUUAAAUAUCUAUCAUCCCACAGGAAUAAAUCUCUACCAUCCCACAUGUUUAUUCUUGGUGCUUCAUUUCCCCUCAACAAAGGAAUUUCAAAUUGGGAUACAGAAGCAGAAAAUGAAAAUUUGAUGCGUCCAUUAUUUUCUCUUAAGGGAGGGAUCUGUGUUCCUUUGUAGAUUACAGUAGUGUCUACACCUUUAUAAGUACUUUACUGUUGUAAAGUAUUUUGGAUCUCCUGACAUUGUCAAACAUGAUAUAUAAAUGCAAGGUUUAUCUAAAAUAAUGUUUACUUUUGCUAACCCUACAAAAUGCACCAGGCUCAGUACUAUUGGGUGGAACCCUCAAAAUAAUGGUUAAUGGAUGUUGAAGGCUAUAUUUUCCCCAACUCCCAAUCAUUACAAUAUUAAUUAUCACUUUUAAAAACUCCUGAGUCAGUUUGAAGAGGCAGUGGUGUGGUUGUAAUGUUACUGGGCUGGUAAUUCAGAGCCCCUGGUUAAUACUCCGGGGAUAUGGGUUUGAAUCCCACCAGAGCAAAUAAUGAAAUUUGAAUGAAUUUCUUAAAAUGCCUGGAAUUAAAAGCUAGUCUAAUGAUUACCAUGGAAACGUGGUUGAUUGUCCCUUUAUAGAGAAUGAAUUCUGCCAUCCUUGCCAUAAAUCUGACUCCAGACCAACAGUAAUGUGUUGGACUCUUAACUGCUCUCUGAUCAGAGUGGCUUGCUUGGGCUAUUUUCAGUGACCAAUGCUUGCUCAACUAAUUCCCAUAAAGAAAUAAAAAAAGACUCACUUGCUUCAAAUCGUCUAUCCUGGUUGAUGAGCCUGGUUGAAAAAUUACUUUAAAAUAUCUGUCCUGCAGCUGCCUUUAAUCGGUUUGUUUCCUAUGGCCCUUUAUCCUGCAGCAAUGACUCGAUUGGGGUGCUACAGGACAAAGUGCAAUGAUUAAGUUAAUUAACAAAUAGUAUAAAAAGCACAAGUUCAAGUCCCACUAUAGUAGCUUUAGCAAAUGUUAAAAAAUAAGUGUUUUUGGGCUUUGAUUUUCAUAGAUUGACCAUGGCACAGCUAUAUUAUCAUAAAAACCUAACUGUAAGAAUUAAUUCACUGAAGACCUGAAAUGACGGAAACCAGCGGAUCCAUCUGGCCUUGCCGAAAGGUGCUGUGAAGAAAUGAGUCAGGUGUCUUAGGCCAGAAGAUCCAGGUUCAAGCCACCCUCAACCCCUAACAUGAUUGUGUGUCAUAACAUUAGAUUAGAUUCCCUACAGUGUGGGAACAGCCCUACAGCCCAACAAGUCCACACUACCUAGACCCAUUUGCCUCUGACUAAUGCGCCUAGCAUUAUGGGUGAUUUAACACGGGCAAUUCACCUGACCUGCACAUCUUUGGACUGUGGCAGAAAACCAGACCCUGGAAGGAACCCACGCAAACACGGGGAUAAUGUGGAAACUCCACACAGUCAGUUGCCUGAGGUUGGAAUCGAACCUGGAAUCCUAGUGCUGUGAGGCAGCAAUGCUAACCACUGUGCCACCCUUGUCCAAGCAGAUUGAUUUUAAAAAACAUAAAACCAAUUUGUGACUCUGCUCCCAUAGCAAUAUGUUUCACUCUAAAUUAGUAUCUGAAUCCAUUCAGUUUAAUUUGAAAUUUAUCCAAAGAGGAUAGGCAUUGCUGCCAAAACCUGCAUUUAGUACCUGUCCUAAAUUGCCCCUGAGAAAAGUAUGGCUUCAUAUUGAAUUGCUGCAGACCAUGUCUUGAAGGUACUGCCUUAGCCCUGUUCGGUUAGGAGUUCCAUAUUUCUGACCCAGCAAAGGAGUAGUGAAUAUUUGCAAAUUACAAUGAUGUGCGGUGGAGGGUAAGUUAGUGAUGUGAUGGUGUUCAUAUUUACUUGCUGCCUUCCCCUUCUUGGUUAUCAGUGGGAGGUGUCAAGCUUUGCAAGCUGCCACAGUGCAUCUUGGGAUGGUACUAAUUGAUGUCAAGAGUAAUCACUCUCGCCUCACCUUUAUAGCCCAUGUUUGGGCCAAGGCUAUAAUUAGAUCUGGAGUUGAAGUGGUCCCAACAUAACCCACUUUGGUCAUCACUGAGCAUGCUGAGUAAGUGCCCUUGAUAGCUGUCAGUGACAGUUUAAUUACUCUGCUGCUGUUUCAAAUGUAGCUGAUGGAAUGGUAAUGAGAUGAAUGAAUUUCUGUUUUUUUGUGGAUCCAACAUACUCAGGCAUUGGAAUCGACACUGCGGACAAUGUUGAAUGUUUGCUGGGACAGCCUGAUAAGAAGCAUGGCUAAUUCUGGAGCACAAGUACUCAGCAUGUCGAGUUGUACAGGGCUGAUAGCCUUAACUGUGUCCUCAGCUAUUUUUAGAUGCCAUAAAGAUGUAAAAAAAUUGGCUGAAGAUAGACGUUUUGUUGGCGGGGAAACCAAGAGGAGGACAAGAUGAAUCAUUAACUAUGUACCUCUGGCUGAAGGUGAUCGGGAGAAUUCUCUACUCCAAAAAGUUGUAGAUGCUUAGCUUUGAACGUACUCCAUAACGAAAAUAGUAGCUAUUUAGAUUCUAGGAGGAUCAAAUAUUUUGGUAGUUGGGGAAAGUAGCAAUAAGUUCCAAUGUCAGCCAUCAUCUUAUUACAAGACAAUGUAUGUUUUAAGGGUUGUAGGAGCUGUUGUACCUAUAUCCAGUCAAUAAAUGCAUUGUACAAAAUAAA